AUGCUCUUUAUGAGUCUGAGAAAUAUAAUUUCUUGUGGUGAGAGUAUAGAAUUUAAGUUUCAUUUUAAAAAUUGUGCUAAAGGAAAUCUCUCACACCAAAGGAAAACUUGUUUUCUGGGCAGUUGUCUUUUUGAGGAUUACUUUUGUUUUCUUAGAGACUCUUUGGAUGAAGGCAAGCUGGCUAAGGCAUCUCUCAAGCCCCGGGCGCCCGGGGUAGGGGGGCGGGGAAAGUUACAGGGAACCAGGAGAGGCACCCCUCUAGGUAGCUGUGUGCUUCCUCUCCUGCCCAGCCUUUGGUUGAAGGAUGAUUUCUAUUUAGAGCAAUCUAUGCUUCAGUUGUGGAUGUAG